AUGCUAGGGAGCAUAGUGAAUUGUGAAGAUGACACUGAGCGACUUCAGAGCGACAUGUUGGCCAAGUAUGCAGACACGUGGCAGAUGAAUUUCAAAGCAGAAAAAUUAGAGGUUGUGUUUGGCCUUGCAGAAUCUGACAAGGACGAGGGCCAAGCGGAUGCUGAACAAGCAGAAAUCAUCGUCGUGCCAAAGCUGAUAACAUCAGGCCUGAGCUCACUGGCCAAUUACAGCAGCUCAUCAGACAGUGAAGACAACCAGGGACCAGAGGAAAUCCCCUUCCAGACUGUUGCCAAAGCUCUGGAGGAAAGCAGUGUGCUGGGAUCUGCAGCAAGAAGUUCAAAUGAGCAGGAGAUUAAAGAAUGUUCAAGCAGCAUCAGAGAUUCAGAAACACAUUGCCAGUUCAUUCCCAGGGGUAGAAGAAGAGGUCAUAAUAGACGAGGAAGGGGAACUUCACAGCAGUCAUUAAUACGUCGGCCAACCCUGCUUGAAAUGUUGCUGGCUCCUGACAUACGACACGAAAGAAAUGUGAUUUUGCAGUGUGUUCGGUACAUUGUAGAAAACAAGUUUUUAGGCCUUGAGUCAAAGGUUAACGGUGUGGCAAAGACCCCUGUCUCGAUCAGUUCAUGUGAAGGUGCAGUGCAAAAGCACAUACCCGCAGGAUAUACUGAAACACAUGGACUCCAGGUACAUGCACCCGAAUUCGAGGAUCAUUCUGCUGAGAUCCCUAAAGCUGAAGAGGGUGGUGAGGAGCCCAUCCCUAAAGCUGAAGAGGGUGGUGAGGAGCCCAUCCCUAAAGCUGAAGAGGGUGGUGAAGACCCUGAGAUUUUCCCAGCAAAUACGAAAUCAGCUUAUAUGGACCAAGUGAGAUUGUCUGCUGUGGAUGAUGAAGUUUGGGAGAUGCCAGACACUGAGAGUGAAAGGUGAUUUAAGCAGAACUUGGAUGUUUACCACAUGGACUGGGUAAAGAUUCCCGACGCAAAUGAGAUGACUAUACAGAUUUCUGUAGACUUGCAAUGUUUACUUCUAAUAAAUUAAACAGUUUAAUUUUG